GGUGGACAACAAAUGAGCCUGUCACAUGAUUUGAGUGAGGUGUUAGAAAAGAGGAAAGCAUAGUUUCACACUGAUGAUUUCUUUUUUCUCUCCUGCGUUCUGAACUUAGGAAACUAGGACGAUCCUAUCUGGACACAAAAGCCUGGUUGCCACCAUCAUCAACCGAUCAGACUUCCAUUUCCAGCACAAUAUAUGGGUGAAGAACUGCCAGGCAGUGGAGGGAAGGACACUGUAUUAAACAGUUGGCACAACAGAGGGGAAUCUUCACUGUUGUUUUUACAGAAGCGCCGUGUAGAGCUUGUGGAAGAACUAGAAGAUUGUAUUGACUCUAUUCUUUACCAGGCAAGACAAAAACAUUUACUGUCAAAAGAUGACUUUGAGGAAGUCACCCAUGGAGCAGGGCCCAGAAAACAAAUCAGAAGAUUAUUGGAUAUUAUUGACUGCCUUGGGGAAGAAAAUGCAUCAGCCUUUUGUGAUCUCUUCAUUCAGAUUAAAAACUCAAAAAAUUAUAUGGCCUCAGAAAAUGAGUAUUUGAAGAGUAUACAGAAACACAGAGAUGUUCUUUUGCGCAGGAGUGACUGCAUGAAGACAUACAACUGCAGACUUGGGGAGAAAUUAGUCUUCUCUGACUAUUUUGUAAACCUUCUUCUUGUCAACGGACACUACAGCCUAGAAAUUAAGAAAAAUGAAUUGUUGACAUUUGGCCAACAACGUAUAGACCUCCAGAACAAAAGAGAAAAUAAGCUAAAACUGAGUCAGCUGUUUGAAAAGCCAAACGGGAGGAGACUGCCCAAGAAAAUCCUUGUUAGUGGUGUAGCUGGGAUUGGAAAAACUGUUUUUGUUCAAAAACUAAUUUUUGAUUUUUCUAAUAGAGUAUCACAUCAUAAUUUUGACUUUGUGCUGAAUUUUACUUUUAGGGACCUCAACUUAAUAAAUAAACCGGUAACUUUGCGAGAAAUUAUACUAAAAAAACAUGGACAUUUGUCACGGAUUUUAGAUGACAUUUUCAAAAACAGUGAUAAGUUGCUUGUGAUCUUAGAUGGAUUUGAUGAGUUUAAGUCCUCCAACCAGCUAGAAUUAGAUGAAUAUGUGUUUGAUCCAGAUGAGCAAGCAGAAUUACCUAAGUUAAUUGGGAGCUUGAUCAAAGGAGAGCUUCUCUCCAAUGCCAGUAUUGUGCUCACUAGCAGGCCAACAGUCAUUAACCACAUUCCGGUUGAUUUUAUUGAUCGCUUUGUGAUAAUUACCGGAUUCUCUGUUACAGAAAUUGAAGAUUACUUUCAAAAAAAUUUUGGAGACAAGAAAGUAGGAAGUGAACAAUUUGUGAUGGUUAAGGAGAACCAUUUCUUGUUUACACUGUGUUAUAUCCCAGCUUUUUGCUGGAUUGUCUGCAGUGUUAUAAAAGGAUGUUCUAAUCUUCAUAUUGAAAGGCCAAAAACAAUGACAGAUAUUUACUGCCACUACCUUAUCGUCUUACUAAAAUACCAUGCGCAUCAAGUCAAUUUCACAAAAAAUGAAUUGGCAUUAAAAGGAGUUUUUGGUUUGGGACAGAUUGCGUACAGCUCCCUUUUAAAGCAUGAAACCUUGUUUUAUGAGACUGAUUUUGAAAUGUUUAACACACUCCCAAGUGACAUUGUAAAUAGUUUUCUUGAUAAGACUUGUGUACCUGAAUUGGGAUAUGUUGAGAACGUACUGUCCUUUACCCAUUUCACCAUCCAGGAAUUUUUUGCAGCUUUUUAUUACGUUCAUGUAGAGGAACCCUUAGAUGAAAUCAUGGAUUUGGAUGUGCAGAAACAACUUGACAUUGAUUCUGGAUAUCUGGAUUUAUUUCUAAGGUUUGUUUCUGGAUUGCUAUCAGUUAGAAACCAAACUUUACUGCAGAAACAUCUGGGCCUUCACGCAACCAAGAAGUACGAAAUGUAUACCUCAUGGCUGAUAAAAUCAAUUAUUGAGAACUGUGAAAAUGGGAGAUAUAUCCUGAACUUGCUUCACUGUUUAUUUGAGCAACAGAACAGUGACCUGGCCAGUAGGAUAACACCAUCUGUUCUACGUCUUAAUAUUAGUGAUAAUGUGUUCUCACCUAUUGACUUAGAUGUAUUGGCAUAUUUCUUAGACCUGGUUCAUAUGGAAAUUGCUGAACUUGACUUGACUGCCACUCAUGUGAAUGCACACUGUUUGGAAAAACUUCAGCCAUACCUUUAUCGAUGCAAACAUUUAUGGCUUGGUGAAAAUAACCUAGAUUUAAAGGCAAUCAGGAUUAUCUGCAAUAUAUUGAAGUCACCAGACUGCAAGAUCAACCUUUUGGGUCUUGGGUGGACACAGUUAGAAGAUGAAGAAUUUUUAGAACUUUUCAAAUGUCUCCCACACAAUCGCUCCUUGACAGGAUUAUGGCUUGAAGGUAACAAUAUCAGUUACAAGGCCAUUGAACAAAUUUCUGACAUAUCUUCUAUCAACUCUAACUUACAACAUAUUGUACUUCUAGGAAAUAAUCUCCAAGAAGAUGACAUUACAGCUUUGAAGAAAAAAUCUCUGAAAAGAGUCAUCGCUGCCCACAUAGAUGAGAAUUUUGGCCAGGUGUUUUGGGAAGGGUGGUGGGAUUGGAUAUUUCAACGUUGCAAAAUGUGCAAUGAUGAGAAAAUUGUCUCCUUCCUGACCAAAGUUUACAGAGGACUUAGCCUUUGCAAUGGAAAAGAAACAGAGUGGAUGAGACAAUGGUAUACUCAACUGGAUUCCUUUUUUCAGGAGAGGAUACAUCGUUGUGCAAUAAAGAAUAUUAGCAAGAGAAUGGAGGCUCUCAGAUUGAUGUUUCAGGAACAGUUAAGAAAAAUGUGAAACAUGAACCUAUCCUGGAGAUUAAAUCUAAACACUGCUGAGAUAUUUCAAUUUUAAUACCACCAUCAGAAAAAAGUACAUUGUUCAUAUUAAAAUUUGAAAUGUAAGUUGAAAUGACAGUUCCGUGCCCUGUAUUUCAAGAACAUAGCAUACAUUUACACCGUUAGAUGACUGCUGCCUAAUUUUGGUGUUUGUCAUUUUAAUAUCUGAAAAGUAUCAGAAUGUAAAAAAUAUGGCACAUAAUGUUCAGAUUAAAUACUGAUUCUUACACCUA